AUGUCUAUCCUCUCUCUAGUCGAGGAUAGACCAACGCCAGGGGAGGUCUACAACUGGAAGAUUUACCUGCUUGCAGCCGUCGCCUCAUGCACAUCUUGUAUGAUUGGAUAUGAUAGUGCCUUCAUUGGUACGACCAUAUCUCUCCAGUCCUUCAAGGAUGAGUUCGAUUGGGAUGCCAUGUCCGCCGCGAGUCAAAACCUAGUCAGCGCCAACAUUGUCUCUCUUUACCAGGCAGGUGCAUUCUUUGGUGCAUUCCUCGCCUACCCUGUUGGUCAUUUCUAUGGCCGGAAAUGGGGCCUGAUGUUUUCUGCCUUGAUAUUUACGUUAGGCGCUGGUCUCAUGCUUGGUGCUAACGGCGACCGUGGUCUUGGCUUGAUUUAUGGAGGACGGGUGCUUGCUGGGUUGGGGGUGGGAGCUGGCUCGAACAUCACUCCUAUUUAUAUUUCCGAAUUGGCUCCACCGGCGAUUAGAGGGCGACUGGUUGGAGUCUACGAAUUAGGGUGGCAGAUCGGUGGACUUGUCGGCUUUUGGAUCUGUUAUGGUGUCGAUCAGACAUUAGCCCCUGGACAUAGGCAAUGGAUAAUCCCAUUCGCCGUCCAACUAAUUCCAUCUGGCCUUCUUAUCAUCGGUGCUCUGUUCUUGAAGGAGUCUCCACGCUGGCUAUUCUUACGAGGGCGCAGAGAGGAGGCAAUCAAAAAUCUCUGCUGGAUCCGCCAACUCUCAGAGGACCAUAUCUAUAUGAUCGAAGAGAUCGGCGCCAUUGACCAGACCCUGGAACACCAGCGCGCAACAAUUGGCUUGGGCUUCUGGAAGCCGUUCGUUGCGGCUUGGUCAAACAAAAAAAUACUGUACCGCCUCUUCCUUGGUAGCAUGCUCUUCUUUUGGCAGAAUGGUUCAGGAAUCAACGCAAUUAAUUACUACAGCCCAACAGUUUUUAAAAGCAUUGGUGUCACCGGUUCAAACACCAGCUUGUUUACUACGGGUAUCUUUGGGGUUGUCAAGACCGUGGUGACCUUUGUCUGGCUUCUUUGGUUGAUUGAUCACGUGGGACGACGUUUGCUACUCCUCGUUGGUGCCGCUGGUGGCUCGAUCUGCUUAUGGAUCGUUGGAGCAUAUAUCAAAAUCGCCAAGCCCACAGAACGAGCGAACAAGAAGAUGGAUAGCGGUGGUAUUGCUGCCAUGUUCUUCUUCUACUUGUGGACGGUGUUCUAUACUCCUUCCUGGAAUGGUACCCCAUGGGUUAUUAACUCUGAAAUGUUUGAUCCCAACAUUCGAUCCCUGGCGCAGGCUUGUGCAGCAGGAUCGAACUGGCUCUGGAACUUUCUCAUCUCCCGAUUCACUCCCCAGAUGUUUGCCAAGAUGGACUAUGGAGUAUAUUUCUUCUUCGCGUCCCUCAUGAUACUGUCCAUCAUCUUCGUGUUCUUUUUGAUUCCCGAGACAAAAGGUAUCCCGUUGGAGAGUAUGGAUAGUCUCUUCGAGAAACAGCCGGUUUGGCGCGCUCAUGCGACUCUCCUCGCACAAAUCCGCGAAGACGAGGAACGGUUCCGCCAUGAGUUAGAGGAUUCUGGUUUCAUAAAGAGCACGGACAAGCAGGUGGAAGUUGUAGGCGUUUGA